ACAAAUAUAUAUAAAGACACUGCCUUGAUCUCAUAGCUUUUCCUGUCUUUCUUCUUUCUCCUACUACCGUAUCACACCGUUACUAGGACAGCGUUUGUCAGUGAGAGAAGCCUAAAGCCAAAACGCGAAUCCGAGAACUCAAAACUCAUCAUCUGUCUGAUAAAAAAGAGGCUUCCUUGUAACGCCCUCUACUUCUUCACUCUCUGUCUCUAGCUCUCUUUAUAAAUCUCUCUCUUUUUCGUUCUUCCCACUUCAGGCUUUAUCAAAGUUGAAAGCUUUAACGACCCACUUUGAUUUUUUGGCACGCUCUCUUCCAAUCCGCAUCGAUUUCUCUAUUUAUUGAUCUGGGUUUUUGGUGUUCUGUGAUUUAGAAGUCUUUUUCGCAUCUGGGUCGGUGUCUAAUCGCUGCCUUAGGCUAUGAGGAAGAGGGAGAGGGAGAAUCCAUGUGGGGUUUGUGGCCACUAUCACAAAUACGAAGAAGGAGAGGUCUGUGGGGUUUGUGGCCAUCGAAUGCCGGAUUUAUCUGACAAAACUUCGAUCCCAGUUAGUGCCUUUCCUUCUGCGAUCGUGCCAGAGUUUCUCUAUUUGGGUAGCUACGAUAACGCUUCGCGCUCUGAGCUUCUCAAGACUCAGGGAAUCUCUCGUGUUCUAAACACGGUUCCUGCUUGUCAAAAUCUUUACAAGAAUUCUUUCACUUAUCACUACCUCCAAGAUGACAAAAUUUUGCAAUUUGAGGAUGCAAAUCAAUUUUUAGAGCAGUGUGAAAGGGACAAGGCUCGUGUUUUAGUGCACUGCAUGUCAGGGAAAAAUAGGUCGCCGGCUAUUGUAAUAGCUUAUUUGAUGAAAUCCAGAGGAUGGAGACUUGCCCAGUGUUACCAGUGGGUGAAAGAACGGAGACCAUCGGUUGAAUUAAGUGAAGCUAACUACCGGCAACUGCAGGAGUAUGAGGAGAAGAUCUUUGGAUCAGCUGGUAGUGGCAACCCAACCUUGCCAGCCUUCCCACCAGUAGUAGCUGCACCUUCGUUCAGCUUUGGAUUCCCAAGAGUUAAUGAUUCAGUUCCUAUCCCUACAUUUAACAAUGUUGGCACGACCUCCAUUUUUUCCCGGCCUACCCUAGAUAUUCCUCCACUUGAGUUUACAUUUGGAGCCAGCCAGGCUCGAAAUGAUAUCUCCGGGAGCACUUUUGGUGCGAGUCCACCAAAUUCAAACACAAGUGAUAUUUCAAUGGAUAGUACUUGAAUAUCCUGUUUUUGAAAACCCCUUUUGCGGAUCAACUGUGGAGCAAAGUAUCCUGACUCCGAUGAGUUUUAUUAAUAUCUGGAUGUAAAUUGGGAGUGACUGCUCAUACUACAGUGUAUAAGAUUUGACAGGGUGAUAAGGAUGUUUGUUUUUCUUUUCUCUAGUUUAAGUUUUGUAAGUGGAACUAUUUUUUUCAUUCACGCAUGGCCUAAUACAAAGUUAUCUUCAC